UUCAAUAAAGAAUCCAACAAUAUUUAUUUAAGUUUAUCAAAAUGGAGGACAAACAUAAUUCAAUAUCUAAUUCAGAAGAUGGAUACAAAUCUAAUAAAGAUGAUAUUGAAAUCAAUUCAAUUAUGUCGCAAGAUCCUUUUGCACCUAAUACAGCAAUAUUGGCUCCUGUGGAGAUUGAGGAACUUGAUGCAUCAUCUAUCAAUCAACUGAAUUUUGACAUGGGUGGUUUUGUUGAAGCUGAAGCAAUAAAAAUUGAUAAAAUUCCUGAACAACUAUCGUUAAAUUCUGUAGAAUAUCUUGAUUGUAGUAAUCCAGAUGAAACGAUAUCUGAUAUAGAAGAACAAAAUACACUUUUUUCAGAAGAAGAAAAUUUGUUAACUAAACAGUUUUUAAAUGGUGAAUUAACAUUUUCUGAAUUUACUGUAAGAAUGGAUCAAGAUAUUGACAUAGAAACAGAAGAUCAAAACAUCAGUAAAAUUGUAAUAGCAUCACCUGAAGCAGAUAAUCAAGUUAAUAAUCGAAAAAUUGACAAACUCAAUAAAACUCGCCCUAGACGAUCUAGAAAAACUCUUCCAGUUGCACUACAAGGUCUCAUGGGAGAAGCAAAUUUGAGAUAUGCAAGAGGUGAAGUUGAAUUAGCAACACAAAUGUGUAUGGAAAUAAUAAGACAGGUACCGAAUGCUCCAGAACCUUUUCAUACAUUGUCAAUGAUUUAUGAAAAUGAUCAGCCAGAUAAAGCUUUACAGUUUGCUUUAAUAGCAGCACAUCUUAGUCCAAGAGAUUCUGAACAGUGGGUUCGUUUAGCCAAUUCAUCAUUGGAAUCUGAAAAUAUAAGACAAGCCCUCACUUGUUAUUCCAAAGCCAUUCAAGCAUGUCCAAAAAAUAUUGAAUUAUAUGAAACCCGUGCAAGACUUCAAGAACAAUGUGGAGAUAAAAAAGCCUUCAUUCAUGCCUAUUCAAAACUACUUAAUCAAUUAGGUCCAGAAGAUGGUCAAAAUAUUUUAAAAUAUGCUAAAUUGUUGGCAAAACGUUGCAUGCAUGAAAAUUUAUAUGAUAUAGCUUUAGACGGGAUGGAGAAUAUUUUUAAAAAAUGUCCACAACUAGUCACUCUUGAAGAAGUUAAUGUUAUCACUGAACUUCUAAUAGUAUCAAAACAAUUUAUUCGAUGUUUAGAUAUACUUACAAAGUAUACAACAAUAUGGAUAGAAUAUGCAGAUUUAGAUUCACCUAAGUCUGCAGAAGAUAAAGAGAGUAAAAUCAAUAAAAUAACCUUCUGUAGUAUUCCAGACGAUCUUGCAGUUGACUUAAAGGCAAAAUGUAUUAUUUCUUUAAUUGAAUUAAAUGAAAUAGAAAUAGUCGACACCCUUAUACCAAAGUUUCAGAUUUUAGAAAAUCCAGAGAUAUCGGGAGAUUUAUUUUUGGAUGUUGCAGAAGCAUUUAUGAGUAAAAAAGAAUUCAAACGAGCUUUAAGUUUACUCGAACCAUUAGUUAAUAGUGAAAAUUUUAGUUUAGCUGCAGUAUGGUUAAGACAUGCCGAAUCAUGGGUAGGAUGUCAUGACUUAAAUAAAGCUAUAAAAUCGUAUGAAAUAGUAAGGAAACUGUCUCCCCAACAUUUAGGUGCGCGUAUGGAAUUAGCUAAAUUAUAUAAAUUAAAAGGUCAAUUCAAUAAAGCAAUACAAGUGUUAAAGCAGGAUUUAGAAUUAGAUGUUCUUGAUCCAGGUGUCAUUUAUGAAAGAACAAAAUUAUUAUUGAAAGUCAAAAGAUAUAAUGAGUAUUUUCAAUCUGGAAUGUUGUUACUUUCAAGGCAUUGUGUAACACUUAGAUCUAAAUUAGAAUUAACUGCUUUAAGCAGAACAAGUGGAGUUCGACAGAGAAUGGAAAUUUUAAACAGAGAUCGUUUGUCUCGCGGUGAAUCGAUACAAGAUGAGAAUUUGCCUAGUUUUUCCACAAACAAUGAACCAACAGAUAAACAGGAAUUUAUUCUGAUGCUUCAAAUGUGUCGACUUGCUUGUAAACUUAAAAAAUAUGGUUUACUACAAAGAAUUUGCUUCACUGCUCUUACAUCAAAAAAAUUUUCAAAUGAAAAUUCUCAUAUAAUGUAUCUCUGCUUGAUAUCAUGCAUACGUAAUAAUGAUUCUUAUGAUGGUUUUAACGUCGUUCGAGAAUUAGUCAGGAGUCGAAAAAAAUCGAAAACUUGGAACUUACUAAAUAUUAUUAUUCAAAGAGCUGAAGAUUCAAGGCAUAAUAGAUUCAUGAUGAGACAGCUUGGAAAAGAAGAUGCAUUUUCAUAUCUACAUGUUUUACAUGCGAACAAUUGUCUUGUUUCUGGAACUUAUAAAUAUGCAUUAAAUGACUAUAUCUCUUUAUUUAAAGUUAAACCAAGUGCGUUAUUAGCUUUACUUGUUUCAGUCACACUCUUACAAAUGGCAUGUCAGAAGUUUUCAGCAAAGAAAAAUCAAUUAGUUAUCCAAGCCAUUGCAUUUAUGAAAACUUAUAUUAAAUUAAGAGGGGAUCAAGUAUCACAAGAAACCAACUACAAUAUGGCCCGGACUCUUCAUCAACUUGGUCUUUUGCCCAGUGCUAUACACUUUUAUAAAUUAGUUUUAGAAUCCCUGGCUCCAGAACUUAUUGAAAAAAAUGCAAAUCUAUUAGAUUUAAAAAAGGAAGCAGCUUUCAAUUUGCAUUUGAUAUAUAUGCAGGCCGAAAAUUACCAAUUAGCUAGAAUGUACCUUGAAAAUUAUAUAACAAUUUAA